AUCAUAUUAUACAGGUUUCAGUUAUCCAGAGGAUUUUCUUAUUGUGUGGUGUGGUCUGGCGCGAUGGAGCUGUAUGCGAGCCUGGCCGACACCGGCGGUCCGAAGAAGAAGGAGUACUGGGAUCGCCGCACAUUCACAUCGCUGGAGGAACAGCAAGAAGCGAUGCGGAAUUCCAGCACUUUGUACGUGGGGAACCUCAGCUUCUUCACUAGCGAGACACAGAUCUACGAGCUGUUUUCGGUGGUCGGCCCAGUGAAGUCUGUGAUCAUGGGGUUGAAUCAACUCACCAAGACGCCGUGUGGGUUUUGUUUCGUCGAGUACUUCUCGAAAGAGAAUGCCCAAGCAUGCUCGAACUUCAUCAGCGGAACCAAGUUGGACCAACGUGUGAUUCGUUGCGACUUGGACGGCGGGUUCAUUGAAGGACGGCAGUAUGGCAGAGGAACGUCAGGUGGACAAGUGCGCGACGAUCGUCGGUCAAAGGAAGACUACGAUCCUGGCCGUGGCGGAUACGGCAAGAAAGAAGACGACUAUGGACUGUCCACUGCCCAUUUCCGCCGCCCAGGCACUCUGAAGCGUGCCCGCGACGACAGCGUAGACGUCGACCGCAACAUUCGCCAUUCGCGAAAGUCUGGCGAUGACGAAGUCACAGAACCCGUCGAUAAAGCAGAAGUCAACCCGCGAUUUCAAGAGCGUGACAGCGAUGGGGAGCAGGACAAUGACGAUGUAGACGGCGGAGAUAAUUAAGCCUAAUUACAACUAGUAAUUGGGGAAAGAGAGUUAAUCCGUGUUGCUCU